CCCCCUCUGUGUGUGAGCCUAACCCUUGCAAAAAUGGAGGAAAAUGUCUAGCUGUCGGUUACAACACGUACAAUUGCACUUGUCCAGCGGGGAUCGGAGGUGUGAACUGUACGGAAGAUAUCGUGAAUGAAUGCGAUUCAGCACCCUGUAAGAACGGCGGGACUUGUAGAGAUCUUUUGGGUGCUUUUAAAUGUAAUUGUACAGAGAAAUUUUCCGGAAAGGAGUGUGAAAUUGCUUGUUCAAGUCAACGAUUCAAUUUGGUGUUCUUAGUCGAUGGAUCUGGAAGCAUAGAACUUCAAGGAAAAGGAAACUUUCAACGUUCCAAAGACUUUUUGAUAUCUCUCGUCCGUGAAUUUGAAAUUGGUCCAAACCAAACCAACGUUGCCACUGUUCUGUAUUCGCAACACUAUCGCAUAAUCCAUCGUCUGGAUACCUUUUACACACUGGCUGGCGUAGAAAACGCAAUUCAAGGCAUGGAUUUCCCCUCAGAUGGUACUCGCACUGGGCAAGGCUUAAACGUUAUUCGCAAUGACAUAUUAAAAAAUCUAGGACCUGCUAGAGGAGAUGUUCCUAAAAUCGUGGUUGUUUUGACCGAUGGAUUAUCCAAGGACAGUAUAGUUGGUCCGGCUCGUGCUCUACGAGAUGUAGGGGUGACGAUUUUUAGUGUCGGUGUUGGCUGCUGUUAUUACAAGCCUGAGUUAAACGAGAUGGCAACGGAUCCUGAUCAAGAUCACGUUUUUGAAGCUAAAUUUUCAGAUCUACAAAGAAUUGCUGGUUCGCUUCGUGAGAAUAUUUGUUCUGCUAUAGACGUUUGCAGAAAUAAUCCGUGUGAGAAUAAUGGAAUUUGUACCAGCUUAGCGAAUGAUUUUCACUGUAAUUGUACAUCAAGUUGGACAGGAAAGAAUUGCUCAAUUGAUGUUGAUGAGUGUACUGCUAAUGUGACAAAAUGCAGUGAAAACCAACUUUGUCAUAACUAUCCUGGAGGAUCACGUUGUCUUUGUAGUGACGGUCUAUAUGAUCAUAACUGUACAAUCCGUUGUAAUGAAACGAAGGCUGAUGUUUUAUUCCUCGUGGAUAGCUCUGGCAGCAUCAAUCAAGCAGACAAAAAUAACUAUCAACGAAUCAAAGAUUUCAUCAAAGGAUUCGUCAAGGCUGUAGUUAUUGGGCCGAACGACACCAGAAUUGGACUUGCCACCUUCUCCUCGCAAAACAGUUUCAGAGUUCGCUUCAAUUUUAGUGAAUACUACGCCACGCAUGAGUUGGUCAAUGCUGUACAGAGCAUUCCUUAUGACGCAGGUGGUACUUAUACAGGCGCCGCGUUGAGUACAAUAAGAACACAUCUCUUCAGCAUGGCCAGGGAGGGAAUUCCCAAAAUUCUUAUCAUUUUAACAGACGGUAAAUCGGAAGACGACGUUUCGGGUCCAUCGAAAAGUCUACGUGAUGAAGGCGUCCAUAUCGUUUCCAUUGGCGUUGGUAAUGCUGUGUACAGUGAGCUCGCAGAUAUGGCGUCUGAACCUGAUAAUAAGAAUGUCUUCAACGCAACAUUUGAAUCCCUUUUUAACAUUUUUGAUACUUUACAGGAAACUGUUUGCAAAGUUGUUCAAAACAAUAUAGACCCCUGUCUUAGCAGUCCGUGUCAGAAUAAAGGAAAAUGCAAACGUUUCCUGAAUGGAUUCAAUUGUACAUGCCCAGCUGGUUUUACUGGAGAAAUUUGCGACUCAAUACAAGAACCCAACAAAUGCAGUCCUUCGCCGUGCUUGAAUGGUGGGCAGUGUAAAAACACAAAUCAGACCUUCCGCUGCUUCUGUGCACGUGGUUACUAUGGAAACCGCUGUGAGUUUGGUAAGUAAAGCAUGGACGAAACUAUCGAUUAAAGGUAAUUUUAUUUAGGUAAUUGUCGACUGCUCGACAUAGCUACGUAUUUCCAUCAUGGAUCUCGUAUCGCGCAUCAGCACGAAAUUUCACACGUCAUCGCUUCCCGUCUUCAUCAUGAGCAAACAAGUCACAUAUGAAGCAUUAUACUUUGCCAUACCAAAAGAAUCGUUAUCACGCAUGCUAUGUCAUCACACAUCUUGCUUUAAAUCGAGAUUGGUGCCUUGUUUUUAAUUGCUGAAUACCUUCCUCUACUAUUAAAGUGUAUAUGACAUGAAAUUUUUUUUUUCUUUUCUGCUAGUUCGAUAUAUAUAACAAACGGUUCGAGAGUUAAAAAUCGUUGAAAAUAAUUGUAAACACAUAGUUUUCGUUAAACUACGCGCUAAGUUGGCUUAAAAUUUGUCCCCUCGAACGCGCGGCCAAAAGGUCACGUGAACUUAACCUGUGACGUCAGGUUGUUUGACUCUCAUUAGACCACUUUCAUAAAUGGCUGCCGGAUUAAAAUUCUUUUGUUUACAUAUAAAUUUGCCAGGGUGGCCUCGUU